AUGAGCGAGUUUACAUAUGAUGCGAACCAUUUGGUUGUGGUCUGCCGAGCGUGUAGCAGCUGUGUGUCGCCUACCACCCGCUGGGGGCAGCGACACCUGAGAGAGUUCCCACACAACCUACGCGGAGCUGUCCAUAAGGCCACUACUGAGCUGCUUGAUGGGUAUGGCAGGAGGAGGAGUCUGGACGAGCUGAAGGAAGAGGUGCGACGACUGAACCUACAAAGGAUUGACUCAGGACAGCUGGCGCAACCCGUGCAAGGCCUAACGAGGCAUGAUGGGUUCUACUGCCUCCGCCCGCAAUGCAUCUACUGCACACGCAACCUAGCGAACAUGAAGGAGCACUUGCGAGUAGAGCAUAGGUUAAAGGCUGCGCAACAGAAGACCAUGCAUGGCCAGCUGUGGAAGGAGUGCGAGCUACAGACAUACUUUAAAGGUGGUAAUCGGAUCAAUUACUUUGCAGUUGCACCUCUAAGUAAUACACAAGACAUUACCCAGCUACCCCAAGCUACGACAACACAACAAGACCAGGAGCGCCAGCUGAAGGAAGACAUGCUAUUCGAGAAGAUCAGCAAGGAUGUUGAAGAGGCCACAAAAGACCAAGAGGAGGCUGCAAAGCGGACGGGAUUCCCAAGCCACCUCACUGGGCUGAAGGAUGAGGAGAUCUACAGCUCGUACCAGCUGCCUAAGGUGCAACCACUUAGGAAGGCGGGGAAUGACGGCCGUAGCGAUGGAAGGAAGUAUGAUCCAGAGUCGUACCUGACGCACAUUGUGCGGGCCGCAGAGAGUCUGCUGCGCGAUGUGUACAGGCUGUGCAGUGACAACUCCAAGGAGCGCAAGAUGACGCAGCAGAGGGCAAACAUCCUGAACUCCUUCUACGCAGGAGCGUCAGGCCAGUCGGAUGGCUUCAGAUCAUUCAAGAACCCGUCGACGCUGACAAAGUACUUUGCGACAUUCAAGCAGCUGCUCGUCUACUACUACAACGUGCCAUAUAACAUGGGCGACAAGGACGAUGAUGAUGGAGAACGGAGUGUGCGCCACCACUUCACCAGCACCCAACCAGACCAGGUGCUGCCCCACGAGAGGAGGGCCAUGGAUAAGAUAAUGGCCAUACUCGAGGACCGUGCCAUGUUCCACAUCCCGCCUGAAGAGAACCACGAACUCAAGGGCUGGAUACGGAAGCUGUACAUGGCGCUGAUCUGCCAGAUGGUGGGAAGCAUGCCCUUCCGGUCAGCCGUGCUGAGCUUCUGCGCAAUGAUCAGCCGGAGGAAGAGUGGUGGCAGCGGACUAUGGGAGGAAGCUGGCAACUACAACAGCCAUCUGUCAGCGCUGACAUGGACAGCGCAGCUGAUAAUCUUUGACUACGCCUGUCACCAAAACCAGGAUGAUGAGGACCGCAUCCCAGCCUUCCUCACAGACGUCUGCUCAAAGACGUUCCAGCAGCUGGCAGAGACUCCAUUCGGUCACAUCCUGCAGUGGCGGCUGUACCUGUUCAAGGUGUCAAAGGCAGCCAUUGCUAUGCACCAGGCGCGGUGGUCGGUCGAUGGGCAGAACAUGACGUUUCGAGGGGUCGAGUUGAGGAUGUCGCAUAUAGAGCAGCUGGUAGCGUCCGAGUUCCGUCAGGCUCACUCCUUACUAUACGACAAGCUGAUGUUCAAGUCGAAUGAGCUGGUGCCAAUGCAAUCAUGGAGGCUGAGGGAUGAUCUUGACACCGAGGAUGCUGGCGUGUCAUGGUUGACCAACAAGGGCAACACAGAGCUCGUGCAGUCUGCAGACAUCGCACUGCUUGGUAUGAUUCAAGGCAGUGCUGAGCUCCGGCGGAUGUUUAUCAUCGAGGCAAAGGACGGAGAUGGGAUGAUGUUGUCUGUCAAGGCAAUUGCUGUGUACGAAGGCUAUGUGCAGCAAUUCCUGAAGCAACUCCUUGUCCUCUGUCAUAUCACAGCAGGGCAGCCUCUUCGCGAGCCGGAGCUGCUGUCAAUAACAUGGUGCAACACUGCUCGGAUGCGCCAUGUAUAUAUAUGGGAGAAGCUCGUACUGAUCUACACGCAAUACCAUAAGGGCCAGCAACAGUCUGGACUGUACAAGGACAAUGUGCGCUUCCUCCCUCGAGCUAUUGGAGACAUGCUCCUCGACUACAUUGCAUACGUCAUCCCUCUCCAGCAGAUAUUCCUCAGACAGCAGCAGCCAAAGGCCCUGAUAAGUCCGUACCUGUGGGCAAAGACUGGUGGUGUGUGGUCUGAUGGAGCCGUCACGGCCUGCCUGAGGAGAGCAUGUGCGCGUGCUGAUAUACCAUCACUGCAUACAGCCAACUGGUGCCAGAUGUCCAUGUCUAUCUGCAAGGAGAAGUUUGGUGGAGGAGAUCGGGCCAGCUUUGAUCUUGAGGGAGAUGCUGGAGACGACGAGGAGAGUGAGCUCAUGGCGAUGGCCGAGCAGAGUAACCACAGCUACCGCACGUUCAACCAAGCGUAUGCAGGCAGUAGUACACUCACGAUGAACGUCCUGCUUCAUCGCGCAUACAAGGCCUCGAGCAGCUGGCACAGCUUCUUCCGGUUCGAUCGUAUCCUGGAUGGCAAGCGACCACGUGGGAUGUCCGAGGUCCUGUCCUUGCGGGUGAUGGAUGCGGCUAAGCAUAGCCAGGCCAGGCCAAGAAAGGCCUAUUCUGAAUCAGACCUUCUUGAUGCAGCGCGAAAGCUCUACAGUGCACCAGACCUGCAGUUCCGAGCAGGGCAAAGACGUGGGCUGGUGGCAAUGAUGGUGAAGCCUGUUGAGCAGCUGGUGCUCAUCCUCGGGACAGGGUCUGGCAAGACGCUCGUCUUCCUGGUCGGGACUGCAGUGGCAGAGGACCGCACCACAAUCCUCGUGAUCCCAGCAGUAGCUCUCCGCGGAGACAUGGUCAGCCGGUGCCGCGAGGUGGGGAUACAGCCAUUGGUGUGGACGAUCGGAUGUAAGCAGAAAGCAUCCCUCGUCAUCGUUUCUGCAGAGGCAGCUUGCACAGAAGGUUUCAUGGACUACGUGCGCACGCUCCAAUUCCAGCAAGAGCUCGACAGGAUUGUCAUCGACGAGGCCCACCUUAUCCGUACCCAGACCAUCUGGCUCACAGCAACGCUCCCCCCAGCAAUGGAGGAGGAGUUUGUGCAGCUGAACAAGCUGGUGCGGCCAGCCAUCAUCCGGGAGUCUACAAACAGGCCAAACAUCCAGUACCUUGUCGACACCGCUGAAGGAGACAUCUUUGACAGGGCAGCUACGCAUGUGAUAGAUUCCUGGUCGAAGGGUCUCGACAGGUCCAAUGGCAAGGUCAUCAUCUACUGCUGA